CUCCGUGUUACGUUACGUACGUUCAAGAACCCGGAAGUGUUAUGCGGCGUUGACUCACGACAAAAAUGUCAGCCAUUUUCAACUUCCAGUCACUGUUGACAGUGAUUCUCCUCCUGAUCUGCACAUGUGCCUACAUCAGAGCGCUGGCGCCCAGCCUGCUCGACAAGAACAAAACCGGGAUUCUCGGGAUUUUCUGGAAGUGUGCCAGAAUAGGUGAGCGGAAGAGUCCCUGGGUGGCUUGCUGCUGUGUCGUCAUGGCCUUUAGUAUCCUGUUCCAACAGUAGCAGACGGAAGGAAAACGUGAACGGAAACAUCGGGGCGAAAGAACGGACGACAAGGCGAGGACUCCACAAUCCUCGAAGCACAGCAGGACCUCCAGUGGCUGUCAUUCAGAUGAUGUACAAAUGGACACCUGUCGCCACUCGCCGUAACCACGGAGAGAGAACAUGUCUCGGGGGGGGGGGGGUGAGCUGAUAGCCCCCCCGAGUGAGUCUAGAUCCCUCCACGGACUUCCAUGUCUGUCCUUGUGUUUGCUUAUGUGGAAUGUUUACUCCGGAUGUAUGAGUGUGUGUGUGGGGGGUGGGGGGGGGGGGGGGGCUUUCUGUUAUCUACCAUCUAGUUUAAAAGAGUCUUGGUGGGAUCCAAACGAUACUCCGGUUGUCCAAACAUUUCAAGCCGAUGUGUUUUCCUCCUGCGUGUUUGUCACGGUUGCAUCAACCAGUUUGAAAUCCUCCACAAAAAGAGCCCUCAUAAAUGUUCAUAACUGUCAUGCGAUUCACACGCUGGUGUAUAUUUGUAAACCGAGGUGAGACGUGUGACUGAAUCAUCCGCACACCGUCUUUGUUGUAUCUACAUAUCGUGAUAUUCCACAGCAAACAAAAUGGUAGAAUAAGUCUCCAGGUGGUUAAUUGUCCUGCUUAUUUGCCUCAAAGAGCGACUACGGUUUUUAAAGUCAGUCAGUUUGCUAUUUAUUAAAAAACCUUUUUGGAAAUCUG